AUGAACCAAAGGGUGGCCGGCAAACCGGCACGGGUCCGGUUAAAACUGGCAUGGUGCCUGCUGUUAAUGUUACAAACAGUCACUGCCAACAGACCACCCAGGUUUCUAAUAGAUGGCCAAUCAGAAAUAGUGGUAAGACUGAAAGAAGGCCCGGAUACACCAGUAGGUAGUCUCAUACAUCGGCUGAAAGGUGUUGACCCCGAUGGGGACACACUGAGAUUUGGAUUAAGAGAUCAAGUGGGUAGUGAUAUUAUUAGAUUAGAAGCCAUUUCAUCCAACGAAGCAAAUAUUUAUUUAGUUAAGGAAUUAGAUAGAGAGGUCAGAGAUGAAUACUCUUUUGUCCUUACGUUGACUGACGGACACUUGGGGGAAGGCAAUUUCGUCACACAAAGUUUUUUGUUGUUAGUCGAAGACGUCAACGACAACGAACCAAUAUUUAAACCGUAUCCAACAGCUAUUGCCGUAAAAGAAAAUUCAGCACCUGGCAUUAUAGCUACGGUAGAAGCAACUGACCUUGACGAAGGAGCUUAUGGACAAGUGCUGUAUCACUUACAAGAAGUUGAUGGAGACGUGGAAAACUUUUCAGUACAAACUGUGAAUGGUAAAGGUGUGAUCAGACUUACAAAUACUUUAGAUUACGAACGCAAAUCGCUAUAUCAAUUGCGUGUAUUGGCUGUGGACCGAGCAAAUAAAGGACGCGUGAAUACUGGCACUGCCGCUAUAUUAGUGAAAGUCAAAGACCAAGAAGACCAACCACCUGAGUUUGUGGUAGUAAGUCCUGUAACAAGAAUAAGUGAAGAUGCACCCGUUGGAACGUCAGUGUUACAAGUCCGUGCUAUUGACGGUGACAGAGGCAUCAAUAACCGAAUAUCAUACAGUAUCAUUGCUGGUGGGGAAGAACACUUUGACAUUGAUAGCAGUUCAGGAAUUGUUUACACUAUCAACCAGCUUGACAGAGAGGAUCCUAACAACAGCAACGGAGCAUAUAUUCUGGAAAUAUUGGCAACUGAAGAAUCAAGGACAGUUUCACCCUUGCCAAGUACUACCACAGAGGUAACCAUCAUAGUAACCGAUGUGAAUGAUGAAACUCCUAGAUUCAGAAGUGAGAGGUAUAUCGGAGAGGUGUUAGAGAAUGCUCAACAAAACACACCAAUAACAUUUCUCAAGGAUGCAUUACCUGAAGUAUAUGAUUAUGAUCAGGGUAAGAAUGGAACAUUUGAAUUAUACUUGGAAGGGGACCAUGGUGUCUUUGAUGUUACACCUUUUAAGGGUAUAAAUGAAGCUUCAUUCUUGAUAAGAGUAAAUGAUCCGUCAUUCUUGGAUUAUGAAAGUGUUACAGUAAUGAACUUUAGUCUAGUCGCCAAAGAAACUGUUGCCAAAAACCCUAAAAUGAGUGUUGUACCUAUAAUGGUUCAUAUCAAAGAUGAGAAUGAUAAUUUUCCCGAGUUCACGGAAUCUCUGUACAUGGUUUCUGUACCGGAAAACUGUGGCGUCGGUACCACUGUCGCUUGGGUGCAAGCCCUCGAUCAAGACUCUGACAACUAUGGUACUAGAGGUAUUAGAUAUACCAACCUGGGCGGAAGUAUUGCAAACUUAUUACAUCUUAACCCGAUAUCGGGUGUUAUAACUGUGAAGCAAUCAGGUGGUGAUAACUUUGAUCGUGAGUUGGUGUCACGUCACUACCUAACUGUAGAGGCUAGAGAUGACCUUGGCAAAGGCAACAGGAACACAGCUCAGCUCAUCAUCAAUAUUGAAGACGUAAACGAUAACGCUCCUAUGUUCUUGGCGAAUAAGUACGAGGCUCGGUUACUGGAAAACGAGAGGCAAUUCGAAAAUCCUCUUGUGCUAGAAGCCAGAGAUAUUGAUUUAAAUGGUACCAAAAACAGUCACAUAGAAUAUUCAAUAGUAGGUGGCGAUUACAAAAACAAUUUCUCUAUAGACCCCAAUUUGGGUAUAGUCACACCUAUUGAUGGACUAGAUUUUGAACAAAUACCAGGCGACAAUGGAAACAUUAGACCUAUACAUUUAACGGUAAGAGUUCGUGAUUUUGGUGUGCCGCCGUUAUCGUCAACAGUGCCAGUAACGAUAUAUGUACAGGAUGUGAACGACCACGCGCCAAUGUUUCAACAAAUGAUCUAUAAAAGAUCCAUACCUGAAGAUAUGCCUGGAGGAACCAGUGUUCUAGAGGUGAAAGCUCGCGACGCUGAUGGUUCAUCGCCCAACAAUCGAGUAGUAUAUCGAAUCCAACGCGGAGCGAGCGAUAAAUUCGUUAUCGAUAGUCGUACAGGAGUGGUUUCUGUUGCGAAUGGAUCUUCCCUCGACCCGGACAAGACCAACCCGAAAAGUAAUCGUUACACCCUCACUGUGGUGGCGCUAGAUGGCGGUAUCGGUGAACAUCAGCUGUCUGCUGCGGUACUCGUCAACAUCACCAUAGUAGAUGUCAACAACAAGCCACCGUUGUUGCACGAACCAGGCACUAUCGCAGUCAGAGAGAAUACAGAGGUUGGUACGCUAAUAUAUCGUGCCCAAGCAUACGAUCCAGAUGAACAACCCGUUCUAAGGUACACGUUAGAUAGAACAAACAGUCUAGCGAGAGACGAGGACGGAGUGUUAAUACCACCGGCAGAAUACGACUAUCUCUCUCUUUGGGAUCUGAAUUCAGUGGACGGUACAUUGAAGAUCGUAAGAUUGCUUGAUAGAGAAAAACUGGAAGUAUUGAAACUGGUUAUAACAGUAGAAGAUAUGGCAGCCAUAGACGGUGGUCCCAGGCAAACUGCUUCGGCUACACUAACUAUAGUUGUAGAAGAUGAGAAUGAUAAUAAUCCAAGAUUCCGGAAACCCUAUUACCGCACCUCUAUACCAGAGAAUUCGAAGAACGCAGCUUAUAUUGGUACCGUUAUAGCCGACGACGCGGACAAGAAUCGCACAAUGGCUUAUUAUCUUGAAGGUCCAGAACAAUUACUAAGUAUGGUGCAUUUAGAAAAAAGUUCCGGAGAAAUCGUAGUAGCCAACAAGAUAGACCAUGAAUUGUACCCUUGGAUCAAUCUCACUGUGAAGGCUGUAGAUAGUGGGGUUCCGCCCAGGUACUCUGUCGCCGACUUGUUUAUACAGGUGUUAGAUGAGAAUGACAACAAUCCGGUAUUCGAGUCGUCAGCAUUUGAAUACCACGUGUUGGAAUCUGUAGAGCCGGGUACUACGAUCACUAACGUGGUGGCUAAAGACGCGGACUCUGGCGAGUAUGGCAAGAUAACCUACCUCCUGGAUAGAAUGUCUACGCAGGGUAAAUUCUUAAUCAACCCCGAAACUGGGGCUCUGACCGUAUCAGAAUGGUUGGAUCGCGAAACCCAACCUGCCUACAAUCUCGUCGUAGAAGCUUGGGAUAACUACCAGUUUGGAUAUCUCAGUGGAGAGAGUCGGAACGCUUUCAAGCAAAUCGUUGUACAUGUGGAUGAUGUGAACGACAACCCGCCGGUACUUCAGCUGCCAGAAGAAUGUACCACAAUAACCGAGUUCCAUAAUCACCGUGAACCGAUACUGUCCGUAUCCGCGACGGAUGCGGACGACAAUGCGUCGCCUAACGGACGAGUGCAAUUCCACUUGGUGGCGGGUAAAAGACAUGUCGGAUCCCUUAGGCGUUUACGGAACUUUUUACCCACUGCUACCAAAAUAUCCAUAGCGCAAUCCCUUCUUUUGCCUGUCCUUGAUUACGCCGAUGCGUGCUAUCCUGACCUUACUUUUGAUCUUUUUGGUAAACUGGAGCGCCUCCAAAACCUUGCCAUCCCAUUUAUUUUCGGGCUCCGUAAAUACGAUCAUGUCUCCGAAUUUCGCCAACAACUCCAAUGGCUCUCUAUUCGGCAACGUAGAGAUUUACAUAUCCUGUCCCUUCUCUACUCUGUGUUGUUCAAUCCAAAAUGCCCCUUUUAUCUUAAACAACGGUUCAAGUUUUUAUCGUCCACUCAUGACCUACCUCUUCGUUCAUCAGACAGUCUUCGCCUCUCGGUUCCUCAAAACCGAUCAAAAUUCUACAGCCAAUCAUUUACGUUACACGCGACUCGAUUGUGGAAUUCUUUGCCCGAAGAUAUCAGACGUUCACAAUCGCUCUACUCAUUUAAAUCUAGAGUUUUUGCGCGUUUUCUGUCUGAACUGUUUCGCUUCGAGCAAGUGGGCGGUGAUGCUAACACUGGACGGUUGUUUGCGAAGCAAUCUCUAAAAGAUCGCUUCGGUAACUAUACGCUGAUCGUGGAAGCGAGGGACUUGGGAACGCCCGCCAACAUAGCGCGCGGCGAAUUGAGACUCUGCGUCACUGAUUAUAACGACCAUGCGCCUAUAUUCGUUCAGCCACCACAAAAUGUCACCAUCAAAGUACCAGAGAACGCAACGAUAGGCACUCAAGUGGUAGAAGUGAAGGCUAUCGACGCAGAUAUUGGUCCAAACGGUGCCGUCAGAUACAGGGUGAGGCAAGACGCGGGCGGAGCGUGGAGAGCAUUCUCAGUACACGCUACUACUGGUGUUUUGAAAACUGUUCUGCCGUUUGACAGAGACAAACAAACUACGUAUCAGCUGAGAAUAGAAGCUUACGAUUUAGGAUUACCGACGCCGCUUAGUUCAGACUUAGAUCUGACGAUCUACGUUCAAAAUGUAGACAGUUAUCGGCCGAGAUUCCCGUAUAAGACUUUCAAUGUGAAUGUGACGGAAAAUGCUCCCGAAUUCGGUGUGUACUUACCCAGUGUUAUAGAAAGAGAUGCAAUAGACAGAGGCGACGAGCCAGUAUUACCCGUUUGCUACUAUAUCGUGGAGGGGAACCAUGGUAACGCAUUUGAAUUGCAAAGGAGUACGCAUAAACUAUCAACAGUCUUACCUUUAGAUAGAGAGCAGAAAGCUUUCUACAACUUAACAAUACUCGCUACCGAGGAUUGCGUCACCACUCCGAACUAUAAAGCAGACGUAGACGCAGUGAGCACUCUUAAGGUGUACGUCAAAGUGAAUGAUGUUAAUGACAAUGCACCGAGAUUCACUAGGAAAAUAUUCACUGGAGGUGUCACCACCGAAGCGGACUUCGGAAUCGAGUUUAUGCACGUGAAGGCUGAAGACAUAGACGAGGGCGAUAAUGCAAAGAUAUCGUACUACCUCUUAGGAGAAGUGAAGGAAACGCUAACAGAAGGUUUAGAGAACUUGGCAGUAUCACCGUUUCUAGUCAACGUAGACAGUGGCGCCAUCUCUCUUAACUUCGACCCGCAGAAAGGAAUGAAAGGCUAUUUCGACUUCAAGGUUUUAGCGAACGACACUGGUGGUCUACACGACGAGACUCACGUGUUCAUAUAUCUGUUACGCGAAGACCAACGCGUUCGAUUCGUACUCCGCGCCCACCCAUCCGAAGUGAGGGACAAGAUACACACGUUCCGCGACCGUCUCGCUCGAGUUGCGGACGCGGUAGUCAAUAUAGACGAUUUGAGAGUACACGAGAAUAAAGACGGAUCUGUGGAUAAUACUAAAACAGAUUUAUACUUGCACCUGGUGAACGGCCAGGACCAUUCAGUGUUGGAGGUGGAGCAGGUGUUGAAGAUUGUGGAUAAGAAUAUCGAGCAGCUAGAUGAACUGUUUAAGGAGUUCAACGUGCUGGACACCCAGCCGGCCGAGUAUCAGCCGUUGCGCGCUGAAUCGCUGUCGUCCAAUCAGGCGGUGUUCUGGCUCGUGUGGGCGACGCUGUUCCUCGGCGUGCUGCUAGUUCUGGCUCUGCUUAUGUGUUUGUCUCAACGCGCCGACUACGUGCGGAGACUUAAAGCUGCCACCGCUACUGCCUACUCUACCCCGACUGUCGGCGAAUCAGAUAUGACGAUUCGCAGCACCGGCAGAGUACCGAACACAAACAAGCACAGUACAAAAGGCUCCAAUCCAAUAUGGCUGCACGCAUAUGAAAACGACUGGUAUAAGUCAGAUGAUCAACUGAGCCAUUCAGAACGUGACUCGCUUGACGAAAACGCCGUAGACCAAGACUUGUCCAACGAGAAGCCCUACUUCAUAACAACAGGCGCUUUUCCGUCAAUCGAUUCCAAUGAAACCGAAGUACCAAAUAACCAAGCCAAAUACGAUUUCUACCAGCAACUAGAACAAAUGAAAAAUGCUAAAAAUAUGGAGACGACAGAACUGUAAUUGUACGGUUAGAUUUAUAAUGUGCCUUUGUAAAUUAUGUACCUUUCUAAUAUCUUCGAUUUAUGUAAGUUUUUAAUAAAUUAAAAAAAUUAUACCUAUACCUGAUGUUUUACCAGUUUCACUUUUUUGUACAAGACCAUAGAUUUACUUUUGAUAAUAAAAGAUUUAGUGUAAUCUCUGGUUAAAAUAAAUCUAUGUAUUCGACCUAGUAAAUAUAUGUAUCAAACAGUUACUGGAAUUGAUCUGGAAUAUGAACCUUAGCAGCUUAUCCCUAUUUCGCCACGAACUUAUAAAUUAACGAAAAUGUCUCAAGAAUUCAUUUUUAAUUCAGUUUGCUCGUGAUGCCAUAUCGUUCUCAUUUUCGAGUCAGAUGAAUAUUCUAAUUAUUUCCUUUACUAACAGCCAGUUGCAAAAACGUUCAUUAAAAUGAUUAUUAGUUUAAAGCGACAUUACCCAUACAAAUUUGACAUUCAUAAGAGCUUAAAGGCGUCAUUAAACCUUAAUAGACGUUUGUGCAACUGAUCAUAAGA